AUGGAUCCUUCCAAAGAACGGGGUUCUCACGACAGAGUCGAGGAAGUCGAGUCGCCCAUUGUUAUCGACCAAGGCAACGGCGCCGUUCUUCUCGACAUCAGCCAGGGCAAGUCUGAACUUGGAGCUGCGAAUCUGAAACUGAGCAAAGAUGGACAUACGGUACUAAUUCCACAACCGUCGGCCGACCCAAAUGAUCCUCUCAAUUGGUCAGAACUGAAGAAACAUCUCAUCCUCGUCACAAUAGCCGUGGCAGCCUUUCAAUCGGAUUUCCAGACAGCUGUUGGAGUUCCCGGUCUCAUCGCACAGGGAAUUGAAUGGAACCUCAGUCCGACUCAUGUCAAUUAUGCAGGCAACCUGAAUGUUCUCAUGAAUGGCAUCGGUGGGGUCUUCUGGAUGCCGUUCAUAUACUUCUGGGGAAGAGCUCCCGUGCUAUUCUGGGUUACUUUUACGGGGGCUUUUCUGACUUUGGGCGUCUGCUUGGUCGAAGACUUUACCGGGUUCUAUGCUCUUCGAGCCCUCACGGGAUUCUUUGUAUCUGGAAGUCUCACGGUUGGACUGGCAUUUAUCCAAGAUAUGUUCUUCCUCCACGAACAAGCGCGCAAGAUCGGCAUCUGGUUUGCAAUCUUCAACACUUGUGUCUAUUUCGCACCAAUGCUUGGAUACUACAUCAUGGCAGGAACUGGCAAUUGGAGGGCCACAUUUUGGAUGGCAUUCGGCCUGGAAACUUUUGUUGUGAUGCUCAUCGUGCUCUUUAUUGACGAAACAUGCUAUCGUCGUGAUAAAACGAUCACGGAACAACCGAGUCGCGGUAACAGGUUGCUUCGACUCACAGGAAUCUGGCAAAUUCGAGUUCACCGGCAAUAUUUCGCCAGCGUCUACGGCUCUUUCCUACGGCUCUUGCACAUUCUGUACAAACCAGUCGUUUUGCCAAUGUAUCUGUUCUACUUCUUGAGCUGCAUGUGGGCUAUUGGCAUCAACCAGUCAACGUCAAUCCUAUUCUCUCUACCAAUAGAGAUGGGAGGCUAUGGAAUGAGCAUGUACGCGCUUGGGCAUCUUUACUGGGCCCCGAUUAUUGCUAUAAUCAUUGGUGAAAUAUUGGGUAAUUGGGCCAAUGAUUUUGUUGCAAGACGCUAUGUGCAAAAGCAUGGUGGGAUUUUCAAGCCGGAAGCUCGCCUGCUUCCCGUCUACUUCACGCUCAUUCUUACUGCCCCUGGACUCAUCAUUGUUGGGCAGGCCAUACAGCAUCGUCUUUCCUGGGCACCGGUGGCCUUUGGAUGGGGCAUGUACACCGCUGCCACCAUGAUAUUCUCUCCUCCUCUAAUGGCGUAUGCGCUCGACUCCUAUCCCAAUGCCGCAGGUGAACUCUCAGCCUGGUUCAAUUUCUCCCGCGUCAUUGGAGGCUUCUCGGUUGCCUAUUACCAACAGGCCUGGGGACAGAAUGCUGGCUUUGAUGUAUCUUUCGGCAUCCAAGCUGCAAUUGCCGGCGCUGCAGGCCUCAUCAUUCUCUUCCUUCAGCUUUAUGGCGAAAGGUUGCGAGCGAGAGGAGGAGUCUACAAAGUGUGA